AUGAAACGAAGGAAAUUAUUGGAUUUCUGGCUUCUUUGGACUGUUUUUGGAUUGACAUUGGGAGAUUUUAGAGCUUCGAAUGAAAGAAGAGAGAAUCUCGAGAUUUUACUUGAAACAUUGGAGGAUCGAGUGCUCACUUUGCAAGAAGAGAUUUUAAGACGUGAAAAAUCAAAUGAAAAUCUCAAGAGCUUCUCGCAAAUCGCUGUCGAUUCUGGUGGACUACAAAUGGGGAAAUUGGAAGAGAUUUUAAGAGAAAAUCAUUUUGAAAUCGUUGCAAAGCACCCCACUCUUCCCAACAUUUUCUUGGCUGAACGGAUUCGAGCGAAAAGAGAGAAAAGGAGUGCCAAUGAUCGUGGAAAGAUUGAAUCAUGGACAAAAUUUGAGGCGCAAUUCGAUUGGAUUGAACCGUUGAACACAUUGGAAAUUCAAAAAAGAGUUGUCGAUUCGAAAAAGGAGAUUUCUUGCAAUGAUCCACACUUUCAACGACAAUCACCACAGUUCGACAAAAUGGGCUUCACUAAAGCUUGGGCGAGAGGAUUAUCUGGAAAUGGGAUCACGAUAGCUGUUGUCGAUGAUGGAGUUGAAUUCAAAGCAUCCAAAGAGCUUUCAUCAGCCUCACAAAAAUCCCUUUCACAAUCAAUCUUUGGCUCGGAAAGUCUCGAUGAUGAUUUGUACAUGCAUGGAACACAGUGUGCCGGAGUAAUUGCAAUGCGCGCCAACAACUCGGAAUGCGGCGUUGGCGGAGCUCCAAAAGCGACGAUUAUAGAUGUGCCACUGCUUUCCCGAAUUGUCACCGAUUUCUCGGAAUCUGUUGCCUUGUCACAAAAAGCUGAUAUUUUCACAUGCAGUUGGGGUCCACCUGAUGAUGGAAUGAGUGCUGAAGGGCCGUUGAAAUUGACAAGAACAGUCAUUGAGAAGCAAACGAAAGAGGGUCGAAAUGGACUUGGCUCGCUUUUUGUGUGGGCUUCGGGAAAUGGUGGAACGAGUGGAGAUGAUUGCUCUUUGGAUGGUUUUGUAUCGAAUCCGAUGACAAUAGCUGUUGGAUGGACUUUUUGGAAUAGUUCAAGAACGGAAUGGUCAGAGGGUUGCCCCGCAAUUCUCACUUCUGUAAUCUCGGAUCAAUUUGGAGGACAAGUGUCAGUGAAUGGUAAAGGUGAAUGUGUGCCGUCGUUUCGCGGCUCUUCAGCAGCCGCUCCACUAGCCGCUGCAGGACUGGCGCUUUUACUUGAGAAAUUCCCAAAAUUGUCCCGCAGAGAAGUGACUCAUUUGGUGGUACGGGGCAGUGAUCCGACUCAUUUCACUGCAUUUGAAAAGCAAAAAUGGAACAAAAAUGCGGCUGGAUUGCAAUUCAACAAAUAUCUCGGCUUUGGAAUUCUUUCCGUUGAUCGGAUGCUCAAUCUCGCACCGAUACUUCGCUCGCCUUUCCCGGCCAUGCAAGAAUGCUCUGAGGGUUAUAAAGUGGAGAAUCGCAAAGGUUCUCUAAACGAUUUCUCUGCUCGAUUACCAUUCAAUGGAUGCGAACAGAUUGAACAUCUAGAAACAAUUCUUUUAUCGAUUCGUCUCACGCAUCCACGACGCGGAGAUUUACAGAUUCGACUGAAAUCACCAUCAGGCACUCUGCUAACUCUUCUUGACAAUCGCCCAUUCGACAAAUAUCCCGAUCUCGAUUGGACAUUCACUGUCAAUCAUUUUUGGGGAGAAAACCCGAAUGGUGAUUGGACGAUUUCGUUCUUUGAAAAGGGCAUUGAUAAGGCACUCGGACAAGUGCAAGCCCUCAGCCUCACCGUCCGUGGCACCAAAGAGCACCCAUUCGAAUUUGAGGAAUCCGGAAAAUUGACUGAAAUCGCUAAUAGAAAUUUCGCUAUAGGAUCAUCAGGAAAAAUGUGGAACGUGAUUCUUGGCUUACUAAUUAUUGUCUUGGCUUGUCUUUUGGUUUAUGGUGGUUUUGAAUAUUUGGCGAUUCGGAGAAAAGCGAAACGCUGUGAUGCGUCGUGGAGAAUAUUGAAUGAGGAGAGAGAUGAGUACAGGCACAACUAUAAACACGUUGUUCAUCCACCAUCCGAGAACGAUGAUGAUCAUUUGCUUGUCAAUGAGGCUUUUAUCAACGAAGAU